AUUUCGAGGACAGUCGACGUUACAGUCCCUGAGGACUGCGAUGUGGUAUGAGAGCAGUUGGAGGGGAAUCACGGAUAGGAUUCCCUGCAAACAAUCCACUGUAUGUGGAAUUUGGAGCGAACGGAACGCAUACUUCUGGGUUUCAGUGUCUUUAUCCUCGCAUAUAAUUAUGGGUCGACUGUCGCGCGCCAACACCUAAUGGGACAUACAGUUAAUUUGUAUCGAGAUCUCUGGUGACGACCAUAAUUACAGGCAUUUCUUUGUCGAUGAGAGCCAGGGGUCCGUGUUUGAGCUCACCGGCCAUUAUGCCCUCCGAGUGCAUUCGAGGCCACACCGAUCUCGGGGCCCGCGUUGAUGUGAACCCCACAGUGACUCUCACGACAUAUACUGCUGCCCACAGUGUUAGUGAUGCCCACAAUGAGAGCACCUCUUUGUUUGCAAUAACUGUCGGCCGUUUCGCCCGAUUGAGAGAUAAAGAAGCAGACGUCGUCUCUGAAGAUAGGGGUGUGUCUGUCGAGGAAAUCGCUCGCCAACUCUAUCAUUACCGGCAAUUCUGUCAACUCUUCCAGUAUUUGUCGCGUCUGUAG